GGGGAGGAGUUCACUGGUUGAAGUGAUGGCGACUGGAACCCCAGAUUCGCAAGCGCGAUUCGGUCAGUCUGUGAAGGGGCUUCUCACGGAGAAGGUGAACACCUGUGGUACUGACGUGAUCGCGCUCACCAAGCAGGUGCUGAAGGGCUCCCGGAGCUCCGAGCUGCUAGGUCAGGCCGCUCGAAACAUGGUACUACAGGAAGAUGCCAUCUUACACUCAGAAGAUAGUUUAAGAAAAAUGGCAAUAAUAACGACACAUCUUCAAUACCAGCAAGAAGCUAUUCAGAAGAAUGUUGAGCAGUCAUCAAAUCUACAGGACCAGUUAAAUCAUCUGUUGAAGUAGAACGUGUUAUGAGAGGGCAAAGGCACUUUGCCUGACACAGAGGAGGAAAUAUCUUACAUAACUACUGUGCUAUGGGUUUGAUUUUCCAUUUUCUUCUCCAAAAGUUAAGUUAGAAUAAGAUCUGUGAUGAUGAACACUUUCUCCUGAAAGGAAGUUAAGUGAUUGAAUUUUGAAAGCACUUCUUGAAUCAAACCAACCCAUGCUCUUAUUGAAUUUUUAAGUUGCUCUGUUAAUUUGAUAUUAAAGCAAAAUUAAAAGAUGUCUUAGUUUUUCUCAUAGAACUUUAAUAUGUCAAAAGCCAUAUUGUCUAAAUGUGUUUCUUAAGCAAAUACUGAGUAGUGUUUUAAAUUCAGACUUAAGAGCUUCUAUUGUGAAUGUAUAAGAAUGAUUAAUAUUGUUUUUAAAGACUUUUUUCUUUUAAUCAUACAUUCAGGAAAUAUUUUAAUUUCAUGGUCACAGAAUGGUGAUUAGGUAAUACCUGUUGUUUUCUUUUCUUUUCUAGUAACUAAGAGGAGAUAGUUAUUUUAUUUGUUGUAGCAAAUUCCUACGUGAAAAUUAGGCAAAUGGUAUCAUAUCUGGCCAGCUGCAACCUCCUGCCUUGACCUUCAUUCCUAGAGUUUCUUUGUUGUUGUGACUCUUGAUUAAGUGGCCUUGGGUUCAUUUUGUAAUUUUGCUAGUCAUCAGCAAAUUCACUUGUAUGACAUUAUUGUCAAGUGAGAAUGCAGUUGAGUUACUGUGAUUCCGGUAUAGGGUUGUGCCAUGUAGAAAACCUUAUGUUUAUAGACAUUUACCUACGUUCAUUGAAUUUAUCUCAUUAAAUGUCAUUACCGUUGUCUGU